UGUGCCCGCCGAGAGCCUGGGGGAGGCCGCCUGAGGCGGGGGCGCCGAGGCGACGAGGCGAGCCGGGCCGCGGACGUGCGCGUUCCGGGAGGCGAGCAGAACGGAAGGAGCGUCCUUCCUCCCGGCCCCCGGGGACUGCAGGAAGAGCUGCUGACCCGGCAGUGUGGUCAGCCUGUCACGUUAGCUCUUAGCGCCCUCCAAUCCCGGGCUCAAGAGUAAAGAAGGAGAACUAACCCAGGGAAAGGAGCUCAUAGACUAAGAAUGUCAGACAACAAAGAAGGGAAGAAUGACGGCAUUCCUCAAGACGCUCUGAGCAAAGAAGACACAUCUUCAUUAACUGAUGUUGUAGAGCAAGUUGCAAAACAACAGCAAUCACAGACAUCAGAAAUAGAAAAACAUAGGAAAGUUCUACUCCAUUUGCAGAUUGAACUUCAUGAUCUUGAAAACCAAAUAGCAGCUACUGCUGCAGAAGCUAAAGAAACAGAGAGGCAGAUGCACCAGCAAGAUGCUGCCAUGGAGAAUUCCAGACAUCGGUGUGGACUCUUGGAAGCUCAGAUUGAGUCCUUAUAUUCAGAAACUGUAAAGCUUAAAUUUGAUUCAGAAACAGCCCAAGAAAAUUUCAAGGAAAAAAUGAUAAAAUAUAAUGCAUAUUAUGCAAAAAUAAAAGCCUAUAAAGAUAGCUUAGGAGAGAUAGACAGCAAAUGCUCAUUUAUGACUGAACUCUAUGAAAAGCGAGAUCUCAUCAAAAACCUAAAGACAAUGAAAGAAGAUCUUAUGGAAAAUCUCCACAAUCCACAAGGGAGCUAUACAACACAAAUACAGGAAGACAUUUCAAAGCUAAUGAAUAAAAUUACGACAGUAAAAGAUUCAAUCAUUGAGAAAACAUAUUUUAUUGAAGAAGAGAAAAAGACACAUGAAAAGCUAAGAAAAGAAAUAGAGGUACAACGUAAGAGAUAUGAUGCAAUUCUUAAGCGUUUGCAUUGUCAGGUGAACAAGAUUCAGUUAAAAAAGAGGAAUUGGCAAUGGAACAUCCAACAACUGGAAAAAACUGCAGCUGAGUUAAGAAAACGCCUUGGAGCAAAAGAAGCCCAUGAAAUACAGAACAGACCAACAGCAUAGUAGGAAAGAAUACUGUGAAGAUCCUUUGAUCUCCCGAGAGCCAGCACCCAGUAGAGACAGAGGUCUGUCUCCAUGACCAAUAUUUUCUUUUUUCUUUUUCUUCCUCUUCUUUCUUUUUGUUUCUACUGGGUAUCUAUUGGUUAAAGUGCCUCUAAGUCUAUAGUACACAGCACUAGGCAGACAGCAGCAGUGCUUACAGCAAGCUAGAAGAAGGGUGGGUGUGUACCCUCAAACGGUCAUUUCGCUCCUGAGUGCCUGCUGGUAACCAUGUUGGAUUCACUACCCUACAAAGUAAAAGUUUAAAAGAAACAGCUGAA